CAAACCUCCAACAACCGCUGUGGUCGCCCUGCACAGACUCGCAGACGGCCGGAGUCUCAGCAUCGUGGCAGCAUCCCCUUCUCUUUCCUCUCUACGCUCAUACCCUCCUUCUCGCGCCGUGAUCUCGUGUAUUGCAAAGUUCAUGACAUCCCCGUAGACUUGGGCAUGGACCAGGCAACCAUACUAUACGCGGGCGCGACGCUGCUCGCGCUGACGUUUGCUUCAUGCUACGCUGCCCUCGUUAUAUUGUCUCCCCCACCUCGUAAAGCGCACCCAUCCGAGAGGACCUACCGAUCCGCAACUUCACCUACAAAACCUCUCCCUCUAGGCUCCAUCGCCGACCCCGCUUCAGUUGACCUUAGCGUCAUCGUUCCCGCCUACAAUGAAACCGAGCGGUUGCCCGUUAUGCUCCAGGCUGCCAUCAUCCAUCUCAAGAAACCUGCACUGAAGGACCGGACAUAUGAGUUCGUCAUAGUGGACGACGGGAGCUCCGACGACACGGCGGAGCUGGCGCUGAAGUUCGCCGCAGACUCCCGGAGACGAGAUACGAACGCAGGGAAGGGAGGCGCGGUUAGACACGGGAUGUUGUAUGGACGGGGAAGACGCCUGCUCAUGGUGGAUGCGGAUGGUGCCAGCCGAUUUGAGGACCUGGAACUAUUGUGGAACGAAAUGGACAAGAUCGCGCCGAACGAGGAGGCCUCAGUGGUCGUCGGCAGUCGCGCGCAUCUCGUCAAGACUGAGGCAGUAGUCAAGCGCUCGCUACUGCGCAACGUACUCAUGUACGGCCUGCACACCAUCCUACGCAUCGUCGGCGUCGGCCACAUCCGCGACACGCAAUGCGGCUUCAAGCUCUUCUCGCGCGCCGCGGCGCAGAGCAUCUUCCCCUACCAGCACCUCGCCACAUGGAUCUUCGACGUCGAACUGCUGCUCCUCGCGAAGCAGCUCCGCAUGCCUGUCGCAGAGGUGCCGAUCGAGUGGCACGAGGUCUCUGGGAGCAAGCUGAACGUCGUCACAGACUCGCUGCAGAUGCUGAGGGAUCUCCUGGUCCUGAGAGCGAACCACCUUCUGGGGCGGUGGAAGGUUGGGCCCCCUCAAGCGGGAACGAUUGUGAAUGACGAGUAUGAAUUCAACUGUGAGCUCACGAUGAUCUCGUACAUUAUAAGGGGGCUCCAGGCGUUGGGAACUGAAUGA